AUGGCCGCCGUGAACACGGACACAAGCACACCGGGCAGCCUCCCACAAGAGACCGUCGACUUUGCGCACCGCAUGUUCGACGCAGCGCGCCAGGGCGACUCGGCACUCCUCCUCCAAGCCAUCGACGCCGGGCUCCCCGCCAACCUCACCAACGACAAAGGCAACACCCUCCUGAUGCUCGCCGCCUACAGCGGCCACGCCGACCUCGCCCGCGCGCUCCUCGCCAAGGGCGCCGACCCCAACCGCGUAAACGACAACGGCCAAUCUCCCCUCGCAGGCGCCGUCUUCAAAGGCGCCGACGCAGCCGUGCGCGUCCUCGUCGACGGCCACGCCGACCCCCGCGCCGGCACGCCCACCGCCAUCCAGACCGCCAGGAUAUUCGGACGGACGGACCUCCUCGCCGUCCUCGGCGCGACGGAGGAGGACUUGAAGGAGGACGUGCCGCUGCCUCCUGGGCCGCCGCACUGA